UGCAUAAUAAAAAUCGGCUCACCAAUCAAUCUCUCUCUCUUUCUCCCUUCUCUUACCCUACCGCCGCUACUACUUCUACUGAUUGAAUCCCAACUCCACGCCUUCUCCUCCUCCCGCCUUUUCCUCGCCUCUGCAAACCCUAACCUCCUCGCUUCUACUCUCCUUUCUACGCCCGGAAAUGGCGGCGGCUCCAGCACCGUCUCUAUCCGAAAUCGCCAACGAGGGACCAGUCCUCAAUCUUAUCAACAAGCGCCUCCGCGCGCUGCGGAAGAAGCUCAACCGCAUCUCGCAGAUGGAGGAAUCUCGCGCGCAGGGCAAAACUCUCAACAAAGAGCAGGAGGAAACCCUCCGCUCCAAACCCUACAUCGUCGCCGGGAUUGACGAGCUCGAGAAAAUCCGCCAGCCGCUCCUCCUCGCCGUAGAUCAGGAAAUUGAGCUUGUUCUCUCGAAGAACAGACACAAAACCGACAGCUCGUCCUCCGAAAUCGCGAACGAGGCAGACGCUGUUAUCGAGCCGGAAGGGAAGGAACAGAGCGGAGACGCUUCUGUGGUUUCUGAUCUGCUAAAUCUGCUCUAUUUUGGUAGCAUUUUCGAUGUGCAGACUCUAAUUAGGGCGAACGAUAACAUGCUGACGAGGACGCACGAGAGGAAUUGCUGCUUGACCUACGAUUACGUUACAGAUGAUGAUGCUGCUGGUGAUCCUCUGAAAGAGUCGGAUUUGGACGUGAUUGCGACGGUUGGGGGUUUGUUGAUUUCACGGCCGGUGAAUCAGAGCUUGUCUCAUAAGGACUCGCUGGAGAAGUGUGUGGAGCGCGCUAAUCUGUGGCUUGCCAAUGCGGACCAACCGAUCGAGCCAGGGUCAAAUAUCACUUAUACUGGAUUGAGGGAAAAGUUAAACAAAAUCAUGGCUUCGGACUACUUUACAACUACUCCAGAAAUCAAAGCUCCAGUUGAAGUGGCUGCUGCUGCUGGAAAUUAUACUUUUCAGGUGCCGACAGUCCAUGGUGCUGUUGCUCCUCAAAUUAUCAUGCCCACCCCAGUUGAAGGAUCGGUUGAGUUUCAGCAAGAGGAAGAACAACCUCCCAAUUCGCACAACAAUGAAACAUAUGUUGAUGAAGCUGGACAAGUUGAAGAACUUCAACAGGGAGGAAUAGAGGUAGAAAAUCAAUCAGAAGAUCAGGCCCAAACAGAGCAUGGCAUACCCGAUGGUGAUGCUUAUCAAGACUUGACAGACGCUGACAUGAAGGAGCUGCAUCACGGCCCUCGUAAGCCAUAUCAGAACUACAGAGGUGGCCGUGGUGGUGGUGGCCGUAGAGGGUACAGUAAUGGCCGUGGAGGGCGAGGGGGCAGUAGGGGAGGCUAUCAAAACGGCCGUAGCCAGUUCUAUGAUCAGCCUGGUGGCUACCAGCCAAGGAACCAUUACAACUACAGGGGCCGAGGCGGCAGGGGUAUGGGUGGAAACUUCAGUUACCAGGGCCCGCCUGGCAGCGCUCAAACUGCAUCCUAGAUGUUAUUGAUGGGGUGCAUAUUGGUUUUCUUAUUUCGGGGUAAGUUUUUAAAGUCGUUUUCUUAUCGAUGAAGGACUGUGUGGUAGUAGUAUCAUGGAAACCUUUGCACCUUUUUUUUUUUGUAGCUUAAUGUGGAAGUACAAUGGUGAGUAAAUGAAAUCUUUUUUGAACUUCAAAA